CUGAAUAAUCCGAACAUUCUGAUAUAAAUGUAAUAUUUUUACUAUUCGCAAAAGAACAUUCAACUGAUUUCACUAAUCAGCAACCCCUGUCAGUAGAAAACAAAAAUUUAGAGUGCCUAUUGUGUAGAGUUCAUUUAUUUAUAUUUUCGCGUUAUUGAAUCAAUUUUAGUUAUGACUUAUGAGUGACUUCAACAUAUCUCAGCAACUGAAGUUUUAAAAAAUAUACAAAUAACAAAAGAGUUUAACCUUUGAAUAUGUUUCUGAACGGCAUUUAAUUUAAAUAGUAAUACAGACAUUUAUGAGAACAAACUACAUAGGUGUAGUCGGUGUAGUAAAAAUAAUUUUAUUUAUUGGUGAAAGAUGAGCUAUCACCGUGGCAGAGAAAAUAGAUGGUAUAAUAACACAAAUUGGCCAUGGACUUCUCAGUAUGGAAAAUAUACUCAUGGUAAAGAUUCGUGGCCCAGAGAAUGUAGUGGAUAUAAUAGAGAUUCAGAAAGGUACAACAGAUACAAUAACUGGCCACGUAAUAGAGGAAAUUACAGUUCAUACUCGAGCCUAUCAGAUCAAAGAUAUCAUAAAAUAAAUUAUAAGAACAACAAUAUUGCUAAUAUAAUUAACAUAGAAGCUGAAUCAAAACCAAAACCCAAAGCUAGCGAAGAAUCAAUAAAUCAGGUAACUUCAGAAAAAGUUUCAGAAAAUGUACAGGAAACACCAAAUACGUUUAAAAAUGAUGAACAAUUGGUUACUAGUUCAAACACAAUACAUUCACCCGUACAUGUGCUUUCCAGUGAUGAUGAAAAAUCUGUCAGAAACCAGGAAACCUUGCCUGUGACACGUACAGCUAUUACAAACAAAUUAGUUUCUGAUUUAUUAAGGAAAAGGACUCCAAAACAAUUAAACGAUAUCCUUACAAAUCCAGAUCAGUCUAGGAAGUACAAGGCUGCAUUUGAUGCUUUAAAGAAAGAAAAAAGACUAUCAAUGCAUAAUGAAUUACAUCAGAAGUACCCAAGACAGCAUCCCCCGUCUGGAAAUUCUGCACUUAUUAAUCCUGCGGACAGUGUUGAUCUGUAUCAACUUCCACCACAUUUUGUUGAGGGUAUUUUGGGUUUAGGACUUGAAUUGCAAGAUGAAGUUGAUGUGAGGUCCGUGUUGCCAGUCGAAUCAAAGAAUAUAUCAGAGAUCUGUUUUACAAGUGUAAACUUGGACAACUCUCUCGAAAUAAUUGAUCAAGCAAAUAGAUCACAUUUAUCUGAGCAAAUAAUUAAGCUUAGUCCUGCAAAGCUAAAAAUCAGACUGAAUUCAAAUAUUUCAGAUAUGAACAGUAAUAUGAAAGAUAAGAAAAAUUUAAAACAAUACGUGGAGAACAAAAGCACAUGCACUGUCGAUGAAGUACAUAAUAAAAUAUCAAUGGAUGAACAAGCGGAUGCCAAUGUUACAGAUGCAAUAUCCAAUUCCAAAACUAGCUAUGGCGACACAAGUGAAACAAACUAUAAUAAACAUAGUCCAAACAUUAAAGUUUCAGACAUUAAUAUAUCUUAUGAAUGUGAUCCUCAUAUAGAUAACCAAAUUUCUUUCAAAAAUAACACAAAAAUAGAGAAACAUUAUGAUGCUUUAUGUAUUUAUGACACAUCUACUAAAAUUGAUAAUGAGACUUUUAUUUUAAAUGAUACUGAAAUCAGCAGCAAUGUUUGCGAGAUUUCAAAUACAAUCACUGAACCUAAUUGUCCGGAUGAAGCGUGUAGUAUAGAUAAUACACAGAGUUAUGAAGGAUUAUCUCAGAAAACUGUUAUAUUACCUGCGAAUCAUUACUUAAAUAAAUCUGUGGGCAACUUUGAAAAGUUAUCAGGGUGUAGAAAUGCAAAUGAUAUUUCUUCAGUGGAAUGCAAUGUUAUUGAUAACUCCGAGCAGAAUGCAAACAAAUGCAAAUUUGAUAAAGAUGAUCUGAUCUCACAAAAAUCAAAGGCUCUAGAAGUGAUAGCAAAAUCCAGUGAACUUAAUAAAAUGGAAAAUGAAAUCAUUAGCAACAAUAAUGAGAUGCAGGCGGCUUUUAAUGAUAUUACUCAAAAAGCUAGAGAUUUUUCUGAUGACUUUGAUGGUCGACGUAAACAAGGAUUUGUUGCUGAGAAUAAUAUAAACCAUACAUUUCAAAAGGGCUACCGCACAAUGUCAUCUUUUAUUGAUCAUGCUUCAUUAAGCUCCUGCAUUACCUCUGAAUCAAGCUUGGCUAUUUUAAGAGAAAUUUUUAAAUUAGAUAAGAAAAUAUUAGAAAUGCAAUUGGAAAAAAUGAAACUCAUAGAUGCAUAUUUAGAAACUACACAAAAUGUUUCUGGUCAUGUUGAUGAACUAUCCGAUAGUAUUCAUCAAGAAAGAGAUAAUUCCUCGUCGAAUAAGGGUACAUGCUUACAGACUUCGUUGCAAAUCCUUCCCAGUCAUAUUAGUUUAAACGGGAACGGUGAUGACAUUUUUGGCAGUAACAAUGAAGUUUCAAAAAAUGAUGAAGCUAAUGAUGAUCGCAUAAAGAAAAAUAUUGCACAUAUGAAAACUGCAAUCGACAAAUCCGCAAUCAAAACCGCCUUUUGUGGUGAGUUAUUGAAAACGUCAGUGAAGAAAAAGACAAAAAUAAUGAAAAAAUCAAGUACUUCUAAAAUUUCUGAUGUUCCUACCGAAAUGUUUCCAAUCACUGAAGAACUUAAAACUGGCAAAUCCAAAAAAUAUAGAAGCAAAGAUAAGGUUACUUCUAAACACAAAUCUUCAUUUUCGAAGAAAAUUUUUGGUAGUAAGAUAUACGGAACAGUUCUGACCCAUAAAGAUGCAACGUCAGUGGUGGAUACGUGCGAAUCAAAAAAAUCAGAUAAAUUGAAUUUGGUAGAUAAGCCAGAAAGUACCAAACAUCGGAAAGAAAUAAAGAAGGAGCAUGUCAACAAACUGUCAGUAAACUCCGUCGCUAGUUUAUCAAAAACCUUGGAUAACUGUAAUGGUUUGAAGAAAAUGCUGGUCUCAGACCAUGGUAGUUAUAAACAAAAUUUGCUUGAGCGCAAUAUGUGUAAAGAGAGCUGUUCAUGUGAAAACCAUACAAACAGAAAAGAAGACGCAAUUAUAAAUAGGAAAAGAAGAUAUUCUGAAAGAAAACAUGAAAGUUGCAAAAAGAUUGAUAAUGAAUUUAACAUGAAAAAGAAAAAAUCUGGCGCAGAAAAUUUAGCACACAGAACUUUGAAUAGUGUUUCUGAUAAUAUUUGUUCUAAAAAAGUAGAUUUGGUAGAUAUUAAUUUUAGUGCUAAGAAUAAAUUAAGCCAUAUAGAUAAAGGUGCCUUAGAAGUUAUGGAAUUAAGUCACAAAUGUGUACCUAUAAGCGGUAAAGUUCAUUUGAUGCAAAGUACUAUUGAUGAAAGUAAGAUUGUUGCACAAAAAGAAAAUGAAACUGUAGAUAAUUCUGUUGAAAAUUUUUUUGCGAAAGUAGAUUGUAUGGAAUUGUCCAACAAUUUAUCAGAAAGUAACAAAAAAUGUGAAAUGACAUACUUGAGAAGUAAUAUUUCUGAAAAACCUACAAAAUCUAAGGAAUUGAUAUCUGCAAAAAGAUCUCCUAGAAAGUUACAUAAAUCUAUUAAUGCUGAAAAUCCUUUAAGAGAACUGAGAGCAGGGGAGGAGACUAUAUUCGAAAAUAUGCAACAAAGAGAAAAUGAAAAAUUACAAUGUAAAACCGAUCAUAGCACGUUAGGCAUUCUUCAGUGUAAUGUUGUGUUACGGCGUUUAGACAUGUCGGUAUUACCAGAUUCUGUUACAUCCGGAUUAAAAAAAAACAAAACUUCACAUAGCAUUGUGGGUAACUCUUGUAAAUUUCAGCUAUGUGAAAAAACAACUCCAAAGUAUAUUUUACAAAAUAAUGAUGAAAUAUGUACUAAAUCAUGCAAUAAUGAAUUAAGAAACGAUGAGAAUUCUGAGCAUCAGAUAGUUAAAAUUUCAUUUACAGAUCACAAAGAGCCGAUAGUUGACCUAUGUGAGUUGAAUCAUAUUGUUUAUGCCGCUUCUGAAGACGGCUGUGUAUACGCCUAUAACACGCGGGAUGCCUUGUUUAUGUAUUGCAUGCGCAAGCAUUAUGGAGCUAUAACUCACGCUGAUAUACUAGGAAAAGUGUUGUACACUGUAGGUCUAGAUGCACGUCUGCAGCGUUGCAUCGAAAUUGAUCAGAAACCAGAUUCGACAAGAGAAAUCAAUAUGGAAUUUCUUGCAAAUUUAUCUGGUCCAGCACAAACAUUUUGUAUUUCAUGGAAUCGAAUUUAUGUAGGAACAAGGAAUGGCAUAAUGGAUGUAUAUGAUAUAUCGAAAAAAAAGGUUGUAGAUGCAUUUAAUAUUGGAGGUUCGAGUGUUCUAUCGAUAGCUUGCACAAGAGAAGGACCACGGAAGGUACUAUUAGUAGCUACGAAAGAGAAAACUUUGUCUGUUCGGGAUGCUCAUAGUGGUUUAUCGUUACGUGAGAUGUAUCCAUCCGGUGCUUUCGGAAUUUCAUCGGCUAUCUAUUGCUUGUCUCUACAAGGUCAUAAGGUUUAUUGUGGUACCAGCGGUACUAAUAUUGACAUCUUUGAUUACACUACUGGAGAACAUACAUCCUCUUGGUCAGGAGGCCGUGGUGCCGUAUGUUUGAGGGAAAGCCGUGGCGUCCUCUUUAGCGGUUGCUACGAUGGCAACGUAUAUGCCCAUCGCCUGUCCACUGGAACUUUGCUUGGCGUUAUGCAUGGACCUGGGAGACUUCUACUCUGCAUUUGUAUCGUAGACGAUAAAAUUAUGGCUGGUUCGAAGGAUAACGCUUUAGUAUUAUGGAAAAUUCCAGAAGGCAUUCUAAAGGAGAUGAAAUAGGAAUAGGAGAGAGAUUUUAAUUUAAUUUAAAAAAAAAACGAUGGAUAUUACUAUCUGAAAAUUUUGUACUUUCUGUUUUAAUAAUGUAGUGCAAUGAGAAAAAAAAAUAUUUGAUGUAAUUAUGAAAAUAUAUAACUUACUAACUAACAUCGAUAAGUGAUGAAAAUUUUACAUUGAUUU